GGUUGGUUACUUAUAGCUGGUCCAAGCUCAAGAUACGCCCACUGGUGGUCCCUUCACCGCCAGCAAGCUGUGUGUUAUGCAGUUUGCAUCUGACUCUAAACUUGCAUCGAAUCGUAUCGAACCAUUUGAUCUCUCUCGUUCCAUCAUACCCACAUCAAACAUAACCAUUUAUAUCUCCUCCCGCCUUUUCAUCUAAUCUGCAGUACAUAUCUAUCAUUCAUAUUUGUGUAUUCGUUGCUACCCCUCAUUUCGAUAUCUAUCUAUUCAUCAUGCCUUUCAUGUCCAAAUCUUCCUCUCCGUCGACCUUUGCGUCUUUCCCAAAGAUGACGGACAUUCAGUUGCCUAUUCGUGUGGCCCAGUGUGUUGGAAUCACUGCUGCAGGUGCUCUGGCUGGUGCCAACCUCAGCAUUUCUUUCAUUGCCGUUCCUCGAAUCCUCGAAUCCCCACCACACCUUUUACUCAAACAAUGGAACAACAUGUUUCAACAAGGAAAGGCGUUUUUCCCAUUCGCUUCGUUGAUUCCAACGGGAUCGUUCUUCUUCCUCGCAUAUAAACAGACCGAUAAACUUAAGAUGAAGUUGUUUGGUGCUGCCGGCGCGCUGGCUUUCGGAAUGGUCCCUUACACAGUUUUGUUCAUGUUGUAUACAAAUUCAAAGUUGUUGGGAAAGGUGGAUGAAGCACAAGCAAGUUAUGCCAGUCAAUCUGGAGGAGAUUGGGAUGAUCUCUCAUCUGGGUCUGGUCGCAAGCACAAGAAAUCUUCCAAGGACCGCGAGAGAAGUGAUAGAAGUUACAAGAAGAGCUCUUCCAGCAGGAGAAAGGAGGCAUCUGACGAAGACGAGGAUGUUCGAACUGCUCACGAGCUGGUUGAUCGUUGGGCAAUGUUGAACUUGGGAAGAGGUGUUAUGAUGUUGGCUAGUGCAGCCAUUGCUACUUGGACUGUGGUUAGAUAUUCCAAAAACUAGAGGGAUUUACGCAUUUCCACGACGAGGUACCUACGAUAGAUGGUUUCACGGAUGAUGAUUAUACACGGGUUUGGAUAUGGAUACGGAUAGGAGGGCGGUGGUUUUGGGUUUUACGACUUACAUGAUAAAAUGGGAUGAUACGAAAUACGACAUGGCAUGAGUUCAAUGAAAGAAUGGCUUUUUGGAUUGGAAAGAAAUGAUGGAUAGUAUAUAGGGAAUGCGGAGGAUAUGUUCGACCUUUGAAAUUAUAUGGGAGUAAAAAUCGCGAUUAGAAACGCAACUCAACCAUUGUUAUAGACCAUUGGUGCAGAUCAAAAUACCAAAAAAAAAACCAUUUUUAAGCCUCAAUUUCAACUCUUGCACAAAUUCACAUGUUGAUAAGUUACACAGAGAAUUCAAGCAGAUAUGAUUACCCAUGGAAACUCAAUUGUCCCGCAAAAUCGACAGCA